CGUAUCAGCUGUGGUUCUUGUCACCUGAUAGGAAGUUGGAGUGCGCCUGAGCUCAGCCUCUAACUAGCUACCAACAUUAAGUUAACUAACAUUUCCCGGUGGUUCGGAGCAAAAUGGAAUAACGAACUUACUCAAACUGCGCUCGCCGGGAUACUAAGCAUUGGCAUCGGCUGACACUGCGUCGUCGUCAUGCCUUUGACAGCUGCUGUUAUCGGAGGCGUGCAGAAACUGGUCCUGUACGAGACAAGGGCGAGAUAUUUUCUUGUGGGGUGUAAUAAUGCCCAAACCAAGCACCGCGUCCUGAAAAUUGACCGCACUGAACCGCGAGACCUCGUUAUUAUUGAUGAUAAGCAUGUGUAUAGUCAGCAGGAGGUGCGCGAGCUUUUGGGGAGGCUGGACCUGGGCAACCGGACGAAGAUUAGCCAGAAGGGCUCCGCUGGCCUGUCCCGUGCCGUGACUGCCUUCGGCAUUGUGGGCUUUGUUCGUUUCCUUGAGGGCUACUACAUUAUCCUGAUCACCAAGCGGCGUAAAAUGGCAGACAUUGGGGGUCACUCCAUCUAUAAGAUAGAAGACACUAACAUGAUCUACAUUCCUAAUGAUUCAGUGAGAAUCACACAUCCUGAUGAGGCCAGAUACUUGAGGAUGUUCCAGAAUGUGGAUCUGUCUAGUAACUUCUAUUUCAGCUAUAGCUACGACCUGAGCCACUCCUUGCAGUAUAAUCUGACCCUACUUCGAGCUCCCUGUGACCCCGGUGAAGUGGAGGAGCUUCACACCAGCACUAGCAAACAGGACAGCUUUGACAUUUUUGAGGAUGAGGGUCUUCCUACCCAAGUGGUCCACAGCCUGAGGAAUGAACCUUACGCUAAAUAUGUGUGGAAUAGCUGUUUGCUGGAGAACAUUAAGGACACAGUGCAUCCAGACUGGCUUAUGUAUAUCAUCCAUGGCUUCUGCGGCCAAUCUAAGUUGCUGAUUUAUGGGCGGCCGGUUUAUGUGACGCUGAUCGCUCGCCGCUCCAGCCGUUUUGCGGGGACCCGCUUCCUCAAGCGAGGGGCCAACUGUGAGGGCGACGUGGCAAAUGAGGUGGAGACGGAGCAGAUCAUCCAUGACGCAUCGGUGAUGUCCUUCAUGGCGGGAAGCUACUCAUCCUAUGUGCAAGUGCGAGGCUCUGUGCCUCUCUACUGGUCUCAGGACAUCUCCACCAUGAUGCCCAAGCCGCCAAUACGCCUGGAUCAGGCUGACCCGUAUGCACACGUUGCUGCGCUUCACUUUGACCAGAUGCUGCAGAGGUUUGGCUCUCCGAUCAUCAUUCUCAACCUUGUAAAGAAACGAGAGAAGCGGAAACAUGAAAAGAUCCUGAGUGAGGAGCUCUAUCCGGCUAUUACCAACCUCAACCAGUUCCUCCCCCCUGAGCACUGCAUUGACUAUAUUGCCUGGGACAUGGCUCGUUACACCAAGAGUAAACUCUGUAAUGUGCUGGACCGGUUGGGGAUGAUUGCUGAGAAUGUAGUGAAGAGGACUGGCUUCUUCGUCAAUCGAUCAGACUUCUAUUGUCACACGUUGCGACCUGACGAGAGAUGGGGUGAUUUGGGAGGACUGGUGACUGCUCAUGGCAGAAUACAGUCUGGAGUUCUGAGGACAAACUGUGUGGAUUGCCUGGACCGCACUAAUACCGCCCAGUUCAUGGUUGGAAAGUGUGCUCUGGCCUAUCAGCUUUAUGCACUUGGCAUGAUUGACAAGCCAAAACUACAGUUUGACACAGACUGUGUCAGAUUGUUUGAGGAGCUGUAUGAAGAUCAUGGUGACACGCUGUCUCUGCAGUACGGAGGCUCUCAACUGGUUCACAGAGUCAAGACAUAUCGCAAGAUUGCCCCGUGGACACAGCACUCCAAGGACAUCAUGCAGACACUAUCUCGUUACUACAGCAAUGCCUUCUCAGAUGCUGACAGGCAGGAUGCCAUAAACCUCUUCCUGCAGGUGUACCAGCCCUCCGAAACCAAGCCUCACCUGUGGGAGCUGCCCACUGACUUCUACCUCCACCAGAGCAACACAAUGGCACUGCCCCAAGAGAGACGCAGUUACACAUACUGGUGGUCAGAGGGGGUGCUCUCCUACCUUCCUGUGCCAUAUGAUGAAGUUCCCUGUGAGAAGAACAGGAAAAAAGUGUCGGUGAAGCGAGUGAAUCGUUAUGAUGAAAGCACAGACAUGUACACAGAGUUCUUUAGACCUUAUGAGCUCACGGCAUUCGACGACACGUUCUGCAUCGCCAUGACCAACUCUGCGAGGGAGUUUAUGCCGAAGAGCGUUGGCCUAGAUCCCAGCCCGUUCACAGUGCGUAAACCGGAGGAGACUGGGAAAUCAGUACUGGGUAAUAAGUCUAAUAAAGAAGAGACAGUACUGCAGCGAAAGACUGCAGCUAGUGCACCCCCACCCCCCAGUGAGGAGCAGAUCUCCAGCAGCUCGGAGGACGACUCUGAAGAAGAUCGAGAGGAUGACGCCACCGUCUCGCAGCGCUCCACACCUGUUAAGAUCACGGAGUCGGGCGACAAUGUCCGUAACCAGGAGGAGCAGCAGGCACCGCCAAGGGAAACAUACGGUUUGAACCUGUCUGCUUUGCCGGUGGAGCAGGACCUUCUCAUAUACCACAGGUUUGCUCACCUUGGCCAAAACCAGCACAAAGUUGAGAGAAGAGACCAGCUGAUGGACCCUGGAAAAAUUCUGGAAAAUGUCAUAAACCUAGUUCCGGUGUCAUCGUUCAGUGGCGACAGCAUUUAUGAAGUCGUGCCCCCCCACGUUGACGUAGAGAGCCAGUAUAUCUUCGAUUGCCACAUUGAUGCAGGCCAGGGCCUGAUGAAAGCUAUGCGCAGGGAAGACCUGCUCAUGUAUCGCGAGUACGUCAAAAACCGAUACAUGUGAUUUGAGUCUGUCAUAUGUUCUCUCUCUCUCCUGUCAUUUCAGUGGAUAAUUCGCUUUGUCUGGUUGGUCCAAUGAACGCACAUUUACCUUAAAGGCAUGGUAAAAAAAAAAAUUACAUUUUCUACUGACCUUCAUUAUACAUUAUUAACAAUCAGCAUCCAUGCCUCUGGGCACAACCAUUGUAGCAAGAAGAACCAUAAUUUUAUAAAAUGGUUAAAAAACAAUUAUUGGACCAGUACCAACUUGCACCAUCAGUUUGGUAAGAUGUUCUGAAGUUUUAUUCAACUUAUUUUUCUUUAAUAUUUUUUAAAGACACAACCAGUGUUAAGUGAUACACAAAACUACACUUUCAUUAUACUUUAUAUGAUUUUUUUAAAUACUUCCAUUAGCUGUGGAUACCCACUGUAUAUUACAUGCUUGCAGGAGAAAAAUUAUUCUUCCAAUCACAUUGUUUUGUUUGUUUUUUAAACAUGUUAAUUGAUUUAUCAACAUGAUUGUAACCAGGCUUAAAAAUAGGCUUAAAAAAAAACACUGAAGUUUAUAUCUUAGUUUUUGAUUUUGUUUUCUGUUUGCCUUAAUUAUUUAUAUUGUACCACUGCUUCUGACUGUGUGAUUGUCUUCAUGUCAGCCAUGUAGGCUUCAGCUUUUGUCUGUCACUUUGAUGGAUUACAUUUGUGUAUUUAUUAAACUUGUGUCCAAUGAA